AUGCAACCAUCGGAACAGCCAGAUGGAAUCAAUUCUCAUUCUCCUUCUUUGCCUUCUUUCCCAGUCGAACUACUCAUCGAAAUAUUCGGUUUUCUACCCUCGUUUCCCACUGUGUUUGCCCUCGCCGCGACCUGCCACCAGCUGCGACGGAUUUGGCUGGAAAAUGCGGUUGUGAUCUAUCCCCACCUGGCAGCCCGAAGCAUCCCUUGUGAGACUCAUGCUCGCCAGUUUUUGGCUGACCAAGACUUCUCUGUGGGUCGGUCUUCUCAGCUGUCGGCUUUGGGUGUGCGUCGCAUGAUACGUAAUGCGCAUAUAAUCGAAAAGGCCAUCCAACAGUUCGAGAAAGAGGUUGUCUGCAAGGUGAAAACAGGAGGUUUGCCAGCUGCUCCCUUUUACGGGAAAGGUCAGGGCCAUCCGCCUUUUUUGACUCGAUCGGAGCGUCGCCGGUUUAUUCGCACCUAUUAUCAGCUCUGGGGCAUGCUGAAGCUCGAUCAUGCUGAGUCGCAGAGGAGACUGGAGUCCAUGACAGUGAAGCAACUCUACCACCUAUGUGAAAUGUGCCGGCUGCCACAGAGCAUCGGACAUGAAGAAGUGCUUCCUGCUGAGGCAGAAGGAAAGAACCUCGAAAAUACUCACCUUGUGGAGCGCGGCCGACCCCCAGACCGGGAUGUUUUGCUUGAGAGAGCUUGGCAUUGUCUCGAGCAGACAUAUGUGCGAGUCCAUGACGAGGACGCGGAUGAGCCUUGGCUUGAGGCCAAGUAUGAAGGCUACCUUUGGUGGAUUGUGAUAUGGGACCAUUGGCAGCCCUCACUCAAAGCACUUGCACUGUGUCAUCGAGGGAUGGGUCCUCCUACAAGGCUGGAUAUUGAAAAAGAACUUUGGGACGAGAGCUCCGACGAAGAAGUAUACAUGGAUGGAGAAGGGAUUGGAAAGAUAUGA